AAACGAAGGAUGCGAUGUGGGAUCGUAUCGAGGAGAAGUUCUUCACGGCGAUGAAGAAGGACGGCUCCUACCGAACCCGGGACCAACUCACUUCCGAAUGGUGUCACAUCAACAAAAAAGUCCGAAAGUUUAUGGGAGUUUACGAGGAAUGCUCCCGGUCCCGGAGGAGCGGCACGAACGACGCCGAUGUUCUCCGGCUUGCCACGACCUGGUAUCAAGACGACGGGAACCAAGGCAAGGUGCCCAUCGAUCUUUGGAGGAUUUUGAGUCGCUCCCCGAAGUGGCAACAACUCAACAAUCCCGACGGCGGAUCGUUCCGGAAAAGAUCCACCGUCGACGCCGAGGUUGAGGUCGACGAGACCAUUGGUUCUAUCGAUCAAAUCCCUCCCUUCAACGUUGCGGAUUCCGAUGACGAGGACCCCAUUCCACGGCCGAUUGGAAGAAAGAAGGCAAAAUUCAUUGCCUCUGGUUCGGGAGGGUCCGCCUCUGUUUCCGCUUCUCCCCGCGACGAAAUCGGCCGGGCAAUGAUUGAACAACUUCGGGCGUUCAAUCUCCAAGAACAAGAGAGGUUGAAGCUUAAAGAGAAGGAGUUGAAUCUAAAGGAGCAGGAGGCUGAGAUGAAAGUCAUGCAAACCGACCCCGGGACGUUGUCGGAGUUUGGACGAAUUAUCUACGAGCAAAGAAUGAGAGAGAUCAAGGAGAAAUAUAAUUUACCUUGGUUUUUUUAUUAAUGUAUCUUUUUUUAAAAAAUUAUUGUCACUUUUUUUUAAUUAAUGUGUUUUUUUAUUAUUCGUGUUUCAAUUUAAUUAAAUAAUAAAUUAAGUACAUUUUA